AUGCAUACGCCCAAGUUAGCGAGCGAAAGCUCGCCAGCCUCGCCAGCCUUUACCGAAUUUCGAAAGCGCUCGUUACCUCCCCACAUCAUCGAGUCGCAGAAGAAGGAAGCCCUGGCGAUGGUCACUGAAAAGGAGUCCGAGGACGAGCAGCCACAACCAGUACCGCUAUCUUUCUUUGAACGAUAUUUUUGCAAAAGCAUCCCACUGUCUGGUGCUGUUGCUGGAGAUGGUGGGAGUGAUGCAGAGCCAAUACGUCGUUUCUCAUUUCUAUCUCGAGGAUUUAUCACGCUGGCGGCACUCAUUUCUCUAAUCAUAGUAGCCGUGUUAUGUGCGGUACUAGCCACCAUUCUUGUACGACAUAAGAGAGUAGACCAAGAACUGCGUCGGUCUCCUGUCCAUGAAGCAAUCUUUGCCAACUUUGCGGACCCAGUAGUGGUCAAGCAUGAAGACUUGUUCUACGCAUUCGCCACAACCAAUGCAGCAGCUGCUAUCGCCCUCGGCAAGAGCAAUGUACAGAUGGCAACAAGCCCAGAUUUUAAGAACUGGACUCUGAUGAACCAUACCCACGACCCGCUUCCACAACUAGGCGAAUGGUGCAGGCGCGGACUCACGGAAAACAUGAACCCGAAAGCUAAUGUGUGGGCUCCGGCUGUCAUCAAAAGACCCAGCGAUGGCAAGUUCAUCCUGUACUAUUCUGCCGCGAUAGAGAAUGCAACGCGAUCUUCGCAUUGCGUUGGAGCCGCACUCUCAGAGUCAUCCUCACCGGCUGGUCCAUAUCUGCCACUGAACGCAACCAUUGCUUGCCCAGUCGAAGAAGGCGGCGCUAUCGAUCCGUCACCUUUCAUUGACACUGACGGAUCGUUCUUUGUAACUUACAAGGUUGAUGGCAACAACGUCGGGAACGGAGGGGCCUGUGGCAACAUGAAGGCUCCUCAAGCACCAACCCCGAUCAAGCUGCAGAAGAUGUUGGCAGAUGGAGUCACACCAGAUGGUCAGGAUAUCACCAUUCUCGACCGCAUAGAAGAAGAUGGCCCCCUCGUAGAAGCGCCAGUCAUCGCUAGAAGCACAGAAGGAACCUACUUCCUCUUCUUCUCUUCCGGAUGCACGCGAGAUCCUUCUUACGACGUAAAGUACGCUUUUGCGAAAGACGUCCGCGGCCCCUACGAAAGAGCANAAAAGCCUUUGUUAAAGACUGGCGACUUCAACUUAACCGCACCAGGAUCUAUUGGUCUUACCGACAUGGAGGACGGGACUUUUGGAAUGGUCUUUCACGCCCGAGUUCAAGCAUCGUAUGGCAGAGUAAGAGCAAUGUAUACGACGACCAUUCGCUUUAACGGCACCGAAGUCUUGUUGGUCAAGAAGGAU